AUGAUGAGUCAUCGCAGCGUUGACAAACGGUUUCACGCUGUUGAUCUCGAUCCCUAUGGUUCCGCUUCUGUAUUUCUAGACUCCGCUGUACAGUGCGUUGCAGAUCGAGGUAUACUUAUGGUGACUUGUACUGAUAUGGCAGUUUUAUGUGGAAAUACACCAGAGACUUGCUAUAAUAAGUACGGUUCGACUACAGUACGCCUAAAGUGUUGUCACGAAAUGGCACUGAGGAUUCUUUUACGGGCAAUAGAUUCUCAGGCUAACAAAUAUACUCGAUAUAUUGAACCACUGUUAUCUAUCAGCGUUGAUUUUUACGUUCGAGUGUUUGUUCGACUACAUACUGGUGCCAGAAUGGCCAAGGAAUCUGGAACAAAAGUUGGAAACUUAUUGGCCUGCUCGGGUUGUCACUCUCUUGAAGUAGUACCAAUUCUUAAGAAGGUGGAAGAUGGCAAAAGUCUAAAGUAUACUACAGGCGUAGUGCGGCAGACAUUGAUGGGUGGUGAUAACAAGUGCGUCCACUGUGGUCAUCCAGUGCACCAGGCUGGACCUAUUUGGACCGGCGCAAUACAUAAUCGUGAAUUCGUGGAAGGCAUACUGAAAAGACUGAAAGAAACCCCAGAGGAAGAGCGACUGGGCACGCAUAGUCGCCUGUUGGGUGUCCUUACCAAUGUGUCAGAAGAGCUUGACGUGCCUCUAUACUACGAGCACGAUCAACUAUUCAAUGUUGUAAAAUGCAGUGUUCCGAAAGCUGUUGCGGUUAAGUCGGCUAUUUUGAAUGCUGGUUAUAAGGUUAUUCGUACA